AGUAUGAGUCAACUCGGUGGACUCACUGAGUCUCUCACUGCUAAUAAAGUUGUGAUUUUGAAGUUAGUGCAUGCUCAGUUUGCAGGGCACUUCAGAGCCAAGUGGGGAAGAUAACCCCCCCAAAAAUAUUCUAUAUAAAAUAUUCUGAAGAGAAAGGAAGGCAAUAAGGAGAACCCAAACUUCCUUUUCUCUUCAGAAACCACCAUUUCUCUUUCUUUCUCCAAAACUCACUCACGCCCACCAUUUUUAUAUAUAUUCUAUAGCUCCAACUCCAACCACCCCUCCUUGUUUUGCAUACCAUUCCCUAUACUCGUUUUUGGUGUUUCGUGUCUGCUCUUAAUUUGUCUGCAUUCGUGUCUCCUAAAACUUCUUUCUCUGUACCCAAAAAAAAAAAAAAAAAAACUUCUUUCUAGAAAGAUAUCCUUUUUGACAAAUCCUUUUUUUUAUAUUUGUUGUUUAUUGGACUUGUAUGAACUGGGGAGGGUCGUAAAUACAUCUGGGUACUCUUUAUUUUGGCUCAAAAUUUCAACUUUCUGUGAGAGAAUGGAUUUCUGAAUGAUUCUGUGGGAGCGUUGUGAUGGAUCUUGGAGUUGGGAUGUCUAACAAUCCAAUCAAGAAGGAUUCUUGGAAGACAGUGUUAACUCUGGCAUAUCAGAGUGUGGGGGUUGUCUAUGGGGAUUUGAGCACUUCUCCUUUGUAUGUGUACAAAAGUGCUUUUGCAGAGGAUAUUCAACAUUCAGAGACUAAUGAGGAGAUUUACGGGGUCUUGUCUCUGGUAUUCUGGACAUUGACAUUGAUACCAUUGGUGAAAUAUGUGUUUAUUGUGCUCAGAGCUGAUGAUAAUGGAGAAGGUGGGACUUUUGCUUUGUAUUCAUUGCUAUGCCGCCAUGCCCGGGUUAGCUCCUUGCCCAAUUGUCAGCUUGCAGAUGAGGAAUUAUCGGAGUACAAGAAAGAUGGGAUUGCAUCAAAUGAUAAGAAUGUUGGGUUGAGAUUGAAAGCAACUUUAGAGAAGUACAAAGUAUUGCAGAGCGUGUUACUUGCGCUGGCCCUGAUUGGAACUUGCAUGGUCAUCGGUGAUGGGGUGCUUACACCUGCAAUUUCUGUUUUUUCAGCUGUGUCAGGGGUAGAGCUUUCCACAUCCAACGUUCAACACCGCUAUAUUCAAGUCCCAGUUUCUUGUGCUAUAUUGGUAUUUUUGUUUGCCCUUCAACAUUAUGGUACGCACAAGGUGGGAUUCUUGUUUGCACCAAUUGUGGUUACAUGGCUUUUAUGCAUCAGUGCAAUCGGAGUGUAUAAUAUUUUCCACUGGAAUCCCCAUGUUUACCAAGCACUUUCCCCAUAUUACAUUUAUAAGUUUUUGAAGAAGACCCAAAAGGGAGGUUGGAUGUCCUUGGGUGGAAUCUUGCUUUGUAUAACAGGGUCAGAAGCUAUGUUUGCUGAUCUUGGACACUUUUCACAGUUAUCAAUCAAGAUAGCUUUUACCUUCAUGGUGUAUCCAUCCUUAAUACUGGCAUAUAUGGGACAAGCUGCUUACCUUUCAAAACAUCAUUCCUUGAACAAUGACUACCAAAUUGGAUUCUAUGUAUCAGUCCCAGAUAAAAUAAGAUGGCCUGUUCUGGGUAUAGCCAUACUUGCAGCAGUUGUGGGAAGUCAAGCUGUCAUCACUGGAACUUUCUCCAUUAUCAAACAGUGCUCUUCUUUGGGUUGCUUUCCACGGGUUAAAAUUGUCCAUACAUCCUCGAAAAUUCAUGGCCAGAUUUACAUUCCAGAGAUCAACUGGAUCUUGAUGAUGUUAUGCUUGGCUGUGACAAUCGGUUUUCGAGACACAAAACGGUUGGGGAACGCAUCAGGUUUGGCAGUUAUAACUGUUAUGUUGGUCACUACAUGCCUAAUGUCCCUGGUUAUUGUCUUAUGCUGGCACAAAAAUGUCCUUUUAGCAAUUUGUUUCAUAUUCUUCUUUGGGUCCAUAGAAGCACUCUACUUUUCGGCAUCUCUCAUCAAAUUCCUUGAAGGGGCUUGGGUUCCCAUUGCACUUUCGCUCAUCUUUUCGAUGGUUAUGUAUGUUUGGCACUAUGGGACACUUAAGAAAUAUGAGUCUGAUGUUCAAAAUAAGGUUUCGAUAGACUGGCUGCUCGCUCUAGGUCCCAAUUUGGGAAUUGUUCGCGUUCCAGGAAUUGGCCUCAUACACACCGAGCUUGUGUCUGGGAUCCCAGCUAUUUUUUCUCACUUUGUCACCAAUCUUCCAGCUUUCCAUCAGGUUGUAGUCUUCCUUUGCAUCAAGUCAGUCCCGGUGCCACACGUUAGGCCUGAGGAAAGGUUCCUAGUAGGAAGAGUUGGUCCAAAGGAGUACCGGCUCUAUAGAUGCAUUGCUCGUUAUGGAUAUAGGGAUGUUCACAAAGAUGACUUGGAAUUCGAAAAAGAUCUGGUUUGUAGUAUUGCAGAGUUCAUUCGGUCAGAGAGGCAAGAAACUGUUAUUGGGAUAGAGGAUGUUGAAACUGAUGAGAAAAUGAAAGUUGUUGGGACUUCAUCAUCAAACCUAGAAGGCAUAAGAAUGUGUGAAGAUGGUGAAGAUUCUUCUGAAAUGGUAAGCUCCUCAGAGCUAAGGGAGAUAAGGUCCACGGAGAAGCCAAGGAAGAAAGUGAGGUUUCUUGUCCCAGAAAGUCCACAGAUUAACCUUGAUGGACAGGUGGAACUGCAGGAACUGAUGGAUGCAAGGGAGGCGGGAAUGGCAUUCAUACUCGGGCACUCAUACAUGAGGGCUAAGAAAGGAUCAAGUUUGAUGAAGAGGGUGGUGAUAAAUUUGGGAUAUGAUUUCUUGAGGAGGAACUCCAGGGGACCAUGUUAUGCUUUGGGCAUUCCUCAUGCAUCUACACUAGAGGUGGGGAUGGUUUACCAUGUUUGAAAAUGACUACAGUAUAGCUUAUUGUAUUAAAGAGCUUUCUGUUCAGGUCAAUAUUGCAUAUGAUAGAGCACAAAGCAUUUUUGGAUGCCAAAGUGCAUUGCAGAGAUUCUGAUGUUUUGGAAGUUCCUACUUAGGCUUGUACAUUGUAAAGUGUCAAGUCUCUAGUCUCCAAAGAAUGGGCUACUAUUGGACAAACCGCAUCAAGCAACUUCUUUGGGGAGAAUCUACAAGGAUAUUGUAAAAGUUGUAAAGAGCAGCAACUCUUUCCAUAUAUGGGAUACAAAUAUUUUGUAAUCUAGUUUCUGCUUCUGUUAUUACUUUCAGCUGGUCAUGUUCUAAUUGUAUCUAUGACAAUCUCAUGAUUCAAACCGACAAACUUUGUCUUCAAGAGAAAGAGACUACUAAUAAGCCAUUGGUAAGGCCCAAUAAUGUGUUAAUACUUGAUAGGCGUAGAAGUUAUGGAUUGAUGUUAAAUGGGCAGGAUUGGACCCAAAGGGCAGGAAAUGUUCUGAAUAAGGUUUUUUCAAGUCU